CUCCUCUCCCCAUCUCUGCCCGAUGCCAGUAAGCUCCUAGCGGCUGCCCUGUGAUGAGCGGGUGCCAGCACUUCUGCUCCAGCUGAAGAGGCCCAGCAGCACAAUGAGGCUUGUCACGGGCAUUGUGCUGUGCUCCUUGGUCGUGGGAGUCAGUGGUGAAGGCUGGUUUUCAUUCUUUAAGGAGGCUAUACAAGGGGCUGGGGAUUUGUUCAAAUCCUACUGGGACAUGCGAGAAGCCAGUCAUCAACGUUCAGACAGAUACUUCUACGCGCGGGGAAACUAUGAGGCUGCGCAGAGAGGUCCCGGGGGUGUUUGGGCUGCGAAAGUGAUCAGCAAUGCCCGGGGAUAUCUUGAGGACCUCUUCAACCGGUAUUAUUUCGGAAACAGCAAUCACGGAUUGGAGGACUCGCAGUCUAACCGGAAAGCUGAGGAUUGGGGCCGGAGCGGCAAAAACCCGGAUCACUUUAGACCUUCUGACCUGCCUGAGAAGUACUGAGUUUCCAGCUCCCUCUGCCCUCAAGGUGUAGACAUUCAUCUAUGUGCGUGAGAAGGGCCUGGGGCACAGCGGGUAAAGCCUGCCACCUUCCAUGCCGGCAUCCCAUAUGGGUGCCAGUAUGAGUCCUGGUUGCUCCACUUCCGAUCCAGCUCCCUGCUGGUGGCCCGGGAAAGCAGAGGAGAACAACCAAGUGUUUGGGCCCCUGUACCCAUGUGGGAGACCAGAAUGAAGCUCCUGGCCCAGCCCUGGUCGUUGCAGACUUGGGGAGUGACCCAGAGGAUAGAAUAAUCUCUCUCUCUCUCUAGCUCUGUCUUUCAAAUAAAUAAGUAAAUAA